GAGGGAGGGGUGGAGGAAUUCCUUGUUUUGAUUUUUGUCUAGGUUAGAAUCAUAGAUUGGCGAUGUGCUUUCACUGCUUUUAGUAUCUUAAAUCUUAUUCCGGAUCAACUCAUUUUUUAGCUGCAGCCGAUUUCAGUUUUCUACACCAUCAGAUUGCAUCAUUACAGCCAGCCAUGUCCACCAGCAAGGCACAAAAUAAGUUGAUGAGAGCCCUCGAGCAGAGCCUGCUGGCUUGUGCAAAAAAUGACUCUUCGGGAGCUAGUGGUGCCACAAAACGGGAAUUGGCUGGACUGGGGCAUUUACUCAAAAAGAAAGAUCUCAGUAAACAGAAAAGACCCGAUCAACAACUGUACACGGUCCUAAAAGCCAAAAAAGACAAGGAGGAAAGCUAUAUCAGCAUGCCUAGCAAAAAAUCUGAAGUUGAAUGCACAAAGAAAGAAGUUAAGAAAUCUAAGCGGACGCCAGUGGACAUAUCUGCCUUGCCAGUUCCAAGUUACAGUGCAUCAUCUUACUCAUAUCCUGCCCGUACGCAAACAAAACCUGCUCCAGCUCCUGCCCCUCCGCCACCAGUGAAUCAGUGGAAUGUAAGAACUGGUGCAGAUUUAUUCGUAAAUCCGACAUCCAGACUUUUCUCAUCCGGUCUGGAUUUUGAGGAUGAGAUGGAAUUAGUUCUUGCGGAGAGCAGGAGAAUAGCAGAACAGGAAGAUAGACUCCGCUCAAUGUAUUAUGAGCAGCAUUUAGCAUCCCAGGUCCUAGAACAGCAGCCUCAGUACUAUGAAGCUCCUCCCAAAGAUGUACCGUUCAGCAGCAGAAAUGAUGCCUCCAUUUUUUAUGAUGACUCUGAAGAUACAAACCGUGAUAUCUAUGCGGAUAGCAACAAUGACUCUGGUGAUGAAUGGCAGCCAGUACUGAAUAAGAGUUCUACGAAGGCUCGGGAGUCUCUAAAGAGCUGCGCUAAAAGCGAAAAGAAGAUCAGAGAAAGUUCUACAGGCACUAAAGUAGAAGAAUCCAAAGUCUCUGUUUCCACGGGUGCUGUGCCAAAAGCGAAGUCCAAAAGCAAGAAGUCUAAAAAGGAAUCUAAGAAAGAAGUAGACUUUGCCACCAUCGUAGAAACAAAACUUAGCGAGCCCCAAUAUCCUCCCAAAGAGCAGAGGGUAAAGAAGUCCAAAUCUAGUCAGAAAUCGAGGAACACUAAUUCAGCUGAAACUAGACUUCAUAAUUUAGGAAUCGACAAUGACUUCGGCUGUUAUGAAACUGAAACAUGCCAGAUGAAUUCCAUUGAAUGUCGCAGUCUAUUAGAAACCCACCAGGAAGAUAGUGAAUUUGACCAUCCUGUUGAGCAUCAUGAGGAGGAACACUACAAUAGUGAUGAUAAUCGUCCCUCUGAACAUUAUUUUGAAGAUUAUGAGGAGAAACACUACAACAGUGAUGACAAUCAUCCCUCUGAACAUUAUGUUGAAGAUUAUGAGGACGAACCAUACGAUUCUGAAGCUGAGGCAGAGAUCAGUGAUGAAAUUGAGCAGGAUCAUGAAUUCAGAACUUCACCAGAACCUACACUAUUAGAUAAUGAAGAGGAUUGUUUUUCAGAAAUUGAAACUGAAAAUUAUGAUUUUUAUCCAGAAACAAGUCAUGUUCCAGUUGUAACAAGGGAAUCUCACCCAGAGUUGUUUGACCCUGACAAUUUCAUAGACUAUUUUGGCUCUUCAAAGGACGAUGAGUUUUUACCGUUUUUGAAGAAUCUUCCUGCACCCAUCAUAAAACCUGCAUGUAAAUUUUAUCAAGAUAAUCCACCUCGUCCCAAAAUAGCUGUCAGUAAACUCAGAGACAUCUUGCAGACCGUCCAAGGUGCAGAAUCCUCAGAAAGCCGUCGUAACGACUGUGUCUCUGAAGAGCAAAAAGAUGAAAGUUCCUCAUCUGGAAAUAUUGUAGAUAAUGAAAAAGAUCUCAGCAAAAGGCCCCGUUUGCCUGGAUCUGGUCGGUUAAAAAUCCCAUCAAGGUCUUUUAAACCAUCCAACAACCAAAUCUCAAACGCUGAAAAACUGCAACGUAUUUUGAGCGGCACGGAGGGAGACGAGUUGGCUGAAAAUGCAGCUUCUGUUGCGCCUGACAAAACUGAUUCCUCAAAGUUUUCUCCAUUGUUAGAGCCAAUUUAUGAGGGAAAGGGUGCUUCAUCAAUUGAAUCAAAUCAAGGCUUAAAUAGUCAUCACUUGCCUGAGCAAAAUCCCGUACAAGCAUUAGAUCUCCCUGAAAGCUUGAUUAAAGCUCUAGCUGAGGAAAUUAAAAAAUUAAACCUUCCAGAUUCCCCUGAUUUACAUAAAAAUAUACAGCAGAUAGUAGAGAUAUCCCUAAAAGAUCCGUCAUCGUCUUUGUCAAAACUGCUUGCAGCUCAGCAGGCGGCCAAAAUUAAUGGUGAGCUACCCGCUGAAACAGGUGUGACAGCCGAGUUGCACAAUAACCCUCCUACUGUUAACAGUAGUAUUCAUUCAUUGCCUUCUAAUUCAGGUUCUAGUGAUUCUUUACCAAGCGCAGACCAAAUUACUGAUUCACGUAACUCAAAGCAUCAUAUUAAUAACUCAAUAUUUCAAAAAACUCCACAACUUUCAAAUAAUUCAUGUAAUCAUCCUUACAGCCAGAUGACAUUAAAUGGUGGCAUGGAAAUGUCCUCUUAUGAAAUUGUUAACAAUCAGACUACUGCUAGUCACUCUGAUCAGUGGUCUCCGCAAGAUGUUCCUACCAAUUGUGCAGUUCCCUCUAUUUCCAAACAUAAUUACUUCAGUGGAAAUUCAGAAAUGACUUCAACUCUAAGUGAAGAGGCAAUAGUUCAUAUUUUAAAGCAAACAGUAGUAUCUGUAGCAGGAGACAGUGGUAUCGUUUUUGUAAACAGUGUUGAUUUUACAAAUAUGCUCCCUAUAUUAGUUAAAACCAUCCAGAACCAAGUUAGUAACUGCGCGGACCAAGAGCUCUUUGUUCAGUCAUUUGCCCGUGAAUUUAUUUUCUCCUCUGGAGUUUUUAGUCGGACUCAGCCACCUCCAGGUUUUAAUGCUCAAACUAUGGAUGGACAAACUACUGGCAGUCUACCACAUUCAAACAUUCCAGAUCAUAUAAAUUCAACCAUGUACACCAGCACACCCAGUGCUCUAGGAGCUCCUUAUGUCGUUAAUGCAGGACAAAACAAUAUGCCCAGGGACUAUUAUCCACCUGGCCUCUCAGUUCCUAGUGCAAUGUACAACCAAUUUUACACCAACAUCAAUACAUAGUUGUAUUCUAUUUUCUCUCGAUUCAUAUUAUUUUUUGUUGUCCAAAAAUUCAAGCUAAAGGGUGAGAAAUAAUUAAUGACCGGCCAUUAUACCGUAAGUUCAGUUUAUUGUAAAAUGGGGAGCAAAUGAGUCGGAGAAGCUUAUGCUAUUUUUAUUUAAUUGUAUGAUACAUAGAACUUGCGGUAUAUUGGUCAGGUGUUAAGUACUUCUCACAUCUUGUAAAAUACAUGAACAUUAUGUAAACCAUGCUUACGUAAGCUCAAAUACAUUUGACUGAAUAAGUUUAGAAUAGAUUAAAUUUUUACUUUACCUUAACUGACCAUUUUUAAGAAAAAUUCGGAUCUUUUCAUUGUUUUAAAGAAGACCUAGUGGUUUUAAUGAGCUGCUUCAGACACAGGUACCAAACUUGAGAACUUAAAGCACUGAUAAAGGUGCACAGAAGCAUUAUCACAUGUAACGUGAGAUAGUCUAUCCAGAAAGUGGUUUCACACAUCUGAUAUUUAUUGGCUUAAAUGUAAUUUUAUGGUCUUCCACGAAUACUACACUCAUUUUAGCGUUUGUUUAUGAACCCUAAUAAUGUGAUGGAAUUCAAUUUGUGAUAUGUAAUGAUGCCCUUUGUUAAGUUAUGUCUAAAUAAUGACGUAUAAUCAUCAACUUUGAUAUUCUGUCUUGAUUUCUGCCGUGUCAGCUUUCUUGAAUCAUAGAAGAUAUCCCGAUUUUUCCUUCCUUACGCAUACUUCUGAAUUCAGUGUUUAAUUGGAAACGUAUGCUAUGUAUUUUUUGAAGAAGCAAACAAACCAGAAUACUUGUGUUUGAUUCUCGGCAAAAUUCAUUCUUUAAAGUACAAUCGAUUGAGAUGCGUUACUCAUUUAUUUGAAAUACUUUAUGAAUGAUUUUUUGGGUUAAAUGUCAGUUGGUGUACACAAGGUUUGGAAAUUCCACCAUGGAUGUAUAAAUCAUUAUUAAAUGUAAUUCUAUCCCAAGCUCUUCAUUGCUUGAUCAACUUUGACUGCAUUUUACAAAAGUAGACAAAAAAGAUGGGAAAGGAAAACAAAAUAAGGUCCCUCUCCCGGUGCUCUCCCCUCUUCAGGCUAAAUGAUCAUUCUAAAGCCCCUUGGAUUCUUCAUGCUGAAAUUCUUUCUCCUUUUUCUUAUUCUCAUGUGUUCUUGUUAGAGUUUUCUCUUAUAGUUUUACUUUGUGAUAUUUUUGUUGGUAAUUAUUUUUUCAUAGCCUGUACAAAAUUACCUUUGUUUUGUUUGUGAAGAAGUCAGUGUUUAUUUUAUGUAAAAAUUCUAAACAGUAUUUGAUGUAACAAAUUAAACGGAAUUAGGGUCGCUAGAAAUGUUUAGGUUUUUGUGAAUGCACGUGGGGGCAUAAUUGCAGUAGUCUAAAUUUUCAAGUCUACAUUUUGGACAAAAAUUAUAUAUUUACAAGAAGUUUUGAAUGCGCCAUUUUUAAAAUCCAACAGCCCAGCUUACAGAGAAAUAUAAUUGGAGACCUAUAAUUUUGUGCUCUGUUGUAGUUUGCACCAUUUAAUGAAAAAAGACAAGUUCUUUCAGAAGUGAAUUUCCUCAUCUGCCUCAAUUUACUGUGAACUUAUUUUUUAUUAUGUAUAUCUUUUGUCAUUAAUGUUCUGUACUCCUAUUUCAGUCUAUUUCGGUAUCUGGUUUUCUAUCAGCUGUUACUUGCGAGUGCUGACAAAGCAAUUUAGAGAGAUGUUAUGAUGGGUCAUGUUCUAUUAUCUGUCUGUACAACUCAGAAGCUAGGCACUUAUGACCCAAUGCAUCCUAAACCAAGAAAUAUGUUUAUGAGACCUCUAAUUUUUUGACUUGGAGGUUUUAGAUGAAAGUCUAUCACAUAGUUACUAAAAAAACUUGUAAUCCAGGCUUGUAAAAAAAUGAGUGGAUGUAUGAGCAACAAAUGACUUUUUACAAAUGAGUCUCACAAGUCUCCAGCUUAAUGAUAAUUAGAUUUGUAACUGAAACUUUCUUUUCUCUGAAUUGUGCUUCAUACUUAUGUAAUACUUUCAACUUUUUAAUGUAGAUUAACUUUUACGCUUUACACUUAAACAUAGUCUCUCCUCUCCUGUAUGCAGGAUUGCAGAGUUACUUCAUUUUUCACUAGACUAUUAUUUUCUUCCAUCCUCAAAUUUUUUAUUUUUAAGCUUAAAUUCUUUCUAAGUGUACAAGAAUCGGCUAAAUUCGCUCAACUAACUUCUACUUUUUUUAUACUUAUUCUGCCUAUUCUAGUUUCUGUAUCCUUGAUCAAAUUUGUGUUUGAUGAAGGAAAAACUGCGUGUAACUUUGUCAAUGAUUAUUUUUUAAUUAGUUCAUUUUUAAGGGGGGAUCAAAUCGCCACCUUCCAGCCAAAAAAUCAGCCAUUUACGCUUGGAUGCUAUUUUGCUAGACAUUUCAAUAUUGUUUUAUUUUGUUUUUGAAAACUUUUGUCCAUACUUUCUUGAAAAUUUUAAGGAUUUAUCUUGAAAAUGGGAAUAUUCGUAAAUAUAUCUUCGUAGUGAUUUUGUUCAUUACUUUAUUCAUAAAAAAUUGUAAAAGUUUCAGAAGUUCGGCAACAUAUUGUCUAAGUCCCAAUGGUGUUUGCUCGUGAUACUAUGGCUGGAAGGUGAUGAAUUGUAUUUAAUCAAUUUAUGUAUGUAUCAAAUAUUUUUUGUAAGUUUCAUUGCUGGUGAUGAAUUUUUUCACACCUGCUUCCAUAAGUGAUUUCAAAUUAUUAUUCCUCUCCUCUCGAAGGAUUGUGAGCCUAUGAUUUCCGCCUCCUGACUUAGUUUUCUUUUUUUUUCUACAAAUGGAGUAUUAUAUAUAGUGUGCCUUAUUAAUUUUCUUUCCUCGUUGUCAUGUUGAAAGACAUUUACUUAAAGUAAAGGAUUCACACCAUUUGUUUUAAAUUCUAUUCGCCAAUGUGGGCGAAUGUUUAUCCCUGCGACUUUUGAUCUUAAAUAACUGAAACAAAUUUUUGUUUAAGUGUUUCUCUUUAAUGCUCUAGUUUGAUUUCUGAAAAUUAAGGCAAAUAAACAUCUGAUUUUUUCUAUUUUGA